AUGGUGGACGCGCUGGACCUACUUCCUGGUAGCGGCAGACAUCAUCACGACUGGGAAGCAUUGCCGGACGAACCGGGGUCAGGAGAUUCUGCUGUCAAACCGACAGCACAGAAAAACGAUGCAAAAGAGAAGAAGGGACAUUAUGUCCUGCGCUCGUGGUGGCAGCGUGCGCCCUUCGCAGGUGGACAGUUGUUCUUAGGCAUCGCGCUUGCUGCCCUCAUACUCGGCUCUCGAUCACGCAUCGUCCGCCGACUCUACAUACUGCCUCCCGCAUCACCAUCACCUUCUACAUCACAGACUGCCGGUCGGGCUCCCAUAUUGUCGGCGGCACCCUCAGACAACGGCCGGAUCGUGCUACAGGGUGUGGACCACUGGCGCACGCAAGGCAAGGUGUUCCCGAAGACUGAAUGCACUCUCGAGAGGGGCAAAGACGAAAGCGAGCUGAUGCUAUGGAUCAACAACGUGCGCGGGCACCACUGGUUCGGUAUGCAAGACGCGACCAUCAACGGUAAGAAACUGCCAGUAUGGCAGAGCAGAGAGGAGAUAUUCAAGGCCUGGUACGGCGAGGAGAAGGGGAAGAAGAUGAGUGUCGAGGAACGAUGGAAAAGUGGGCCUGUACUGAAAAGCUCAUAG